GGCAUUAGCGCUGAUGUUUCGGGAUGUGGUUGUGACCUCUGUGGGAUUUUCCUUCUAUGACUGUAAUGCUGUGAGCCAACUCGCUGAUGCCACCCCGUGAGCAAAUGUGUGGAACAUGUGUCGACAGUCCUUGGAUGUGCCACUGGUGUCCAUCCAGUCACCGUUGUGUCCCUGAAGGUCCUUGUCCCAAAGAAGAGAUUCUUGUUUACAAUCAGAAGGUGCUCACUGAAGAGCCCCAGGGUCCAGCUGCAUGUCCCAGUGUGGGGAGCAAUGGGGAGAAACACCUAAUUCCUGUUGGUAUAGCAAUGCCACUGAAUCUGGUUGCUUGGAACCUGCCCUUGUUAUUGGGACCAGUGACACUCUCGUGUGUGCUGGAGGUGGAGGGAAGCCUGGUUUCAGUUCCAGCAUCCCUGGAAGAAGGGGACAGAGGAGCAUCCUAUCAUGUGCAGUGUCUGCCCCAGGCAUAUAGCUAUAUACAGCCUGUGCCAGAGCUACGUGUCCCUCUCUAUGUUAUGGUGGGAGAUGACCAGCACCUUGACAGCCGUGGAGACCUCCAUGUGACGUUGUACAAUUGUUCUGCUGGUCGUUCUGACUGCAGCCGCUGCAAGGCUGCCCCUCCACAUUUCCGCUGUGUGUGGUGCCAGAGCAAAGAGGUGUCUGGCUGCGUCUAUGAGGAAUUGUGUCCCUCCAAAACUGGGCCCAUUGCUUGCCCAUCACCAGUGAUUCAUUCUAUCUAUCCCCUCAGUGGACCAUUGGAAGGGGGCAUCUCUCUCACGGUGACGGGAUCCAACCUGGGUCAUCGCUUUGAGGAUGUGGCCCAAACUGUGAUGGUGGCUGGGCUACCAUGUAUUCCUGACCCUUCUAUGUAUCUAGUCUCUACCCGGAUUGUCUGUGACGUAUCUCCUGGAAGGCGAGGGUUAUCUGGUCCUGUUGAGGUCACUGUAGGAGACCGUCCACCAGGGGUUUCUGAAAGUUACUUCACUUACCAGGACCCAACCCUUCUUGAUCUUCAUCCCAAACUGGGCCCUAUGGUUGGAGGCACCCGCAUCACCAUCACAGGGAAGGAGCUGGCGACAGGCACUGAGAUCACUGCCUAUGUUGGAGACCUGCCUUGCAUCCUCGAGGAGCCUGUUGAACCAGGGGCCAUAGUCUGCCGCACUAGUGCCAGCUCCAAACCACAAGAGGCACCUGUCUGGGUCCAUUAUGGUGGGGUGCAACGCCAACUGCGGGAGAAGUCCUUCCGUUAUACACCCAAUCCUCAUCUCACUGGGGCUUUCCCUUCUACUAGCUUCUAUGGAGGUGGACGGAUCAUCUACGUGGAGGGGACUAAUUUGGAUGUGGUGCAGCAGCCACUCAUCAAAGCAGUCCUGGAGCCAGAGGAGGUGGAAAGCAAGCGUAAGAAAAGAGCGUGUGACACUUUACCAGGACCUAACAUCCCUCUGACUCCUGCACCCCCACGCCCAUGUGCUGAGGUGGGCGACUUGUUAGAGUGCUGGGAAACUUGUUGCACCAAUUCCUCCACUCUCCUUCUCUGCCCAUCACCAGCCGUACCAUCUAACGCUCAGUUCCGGUCCCUUCUCUUUGAGCUGGAUGGACUCCGUGUCCCUUUUAGCAAUGCUAGUGGAGGCCAGGAUUUUUCCUAUCAUCCCAAUCCCAGUUUGCGCUGGCCUGGCCGGGAUUCCACUGGGCGUCCAUUUAGUCUCAAACCAGGCAAUAUCUUGGACAUAGAGGGAGAAGGCUUGAACCUUGGCAUCAGCAAGAACGAAGUGAGGGUCCUCAUUGGCAACAGUGCCUGUAUCAUCAAGACUCUGACGCCUACCAAUUUAUACUGUGAGCCUCCUCUGCAGCCUCCGCAGCCACUCAAUGCUUCUUCUCUGCUGCCAGAGUUCAUGGUCCAGAUGGGAAACUUACGCCUAGAUCUUGGCCGAGUACGCUAUGACACAGAGCCACCAUCUCGUUUCCCCCCGGAAGCCCAGAUUGGGCUGGGAGUGGGAGCAGCAGUACUAGCUUUUGUUGUGUUGCUGCUCAUCCUGAUGUACAGACGGAAGAGCAAACAAGCAUUGCGGGAUUACAAAAAAGUGCUGGUGCAGCUUGAGAACAUGGAGAUCAGCGUUGGGGACCAGUGUCGCAAGGAGUUCACUGAUCUCAUGACGGAAAUGACUGACCUGAGUGGGGAGUUGGAAGGCUUGGGGAUCCCAUUCCUGGACUACAACACCUACACCCAGCGUGUCUUCUUCCCGGCUCAGGGGGACGUGCCACUGCGGCGGGUGUUGGACCUGCCAGAGGGACGCCGUGCCACAGUGGAGCAGGGCCUGGGGCAGCUCUCCAAUCUGCUGAAUAGCAAAGUCUUCCUGCUGACGUUAAUCCGAACACUGGAAGCCCAGCCUACCUUCUCACAACGGGAUCGAUGUCAUGCGGCAUCACUCCUGUCAUUGGCUCUUCACGGGCGCUUAGAAUACCUGACAGACAUCAUGCAAACUCUGCUGAGUGACCUCGCUGCCCAUUGUGUCUCCCGCAAUCCUAAACUCAUGCUCCGCAGGACAGAAACCAUGGUGGAGAAACUGCUGACCAACUGGAUGUCCAUUUGUCUCUACUCCUAUCUCAGGGAAGUGGCAGGGGAGCCCCUGUACAUGCUUUUCCGGGCCAUCAAGUACCAGGUGGACAAGGGACCAGUGGAUGCGGUGUCUGGCAAAGCCAAAAGGACAUUGAAUGAUGGCCGGCUCCUGCGUGAAGAUGUGGAAUAUCGGCCUCUCACCCUGACUGUCCUGGUGCGAGGGGCUGGUCCUGGUGGUGGGUCUGAGACCCAGCGCAUCCCAGCCCGGGUCCUUGACACAGACACUAUCACCCAGGUGAAGGAGAAGAUCUUGGAUCAGGUCUAUAAGGGUGUGCCUUUCUCCCAGCGCCCCUCGGUACACUCCCUUGACCUAGAGUGGCGGUCAGGCGUUGCUGGGCACCUGACCCUUUCUGAUGAGGAUCUGACAUCCGUCACUCAGAAUCAGUGGAAGAGACUCAACACACUACAACAUUACAAGGUUCCUGAUGGCGCCACAGUUGGUCUCAUCCCUCGUCUUCACAAUGACAUCUCCCAAGGCACAGGGCAGAAUUUCUUCUCUGGAGAAAAUACUCCAAUGCUAGAGGAUGGUGAGGAGGGGGGAGUGCGGCUCUGGCAUCUGGUAAAGCCAUCUGAAGAACCUGAACCCACAAGGCAGCAACAAGAUCGGCGCAGCAGCCUCCGAGAGCGUGCCAAGGCUAUCCCAGAGAUCUACCUCACCCGCCUGCUUUCCAUGAAGGGAACAUUACAAAAGUUUGUAGAUGAUGCUUUCCAGGCUGUGUUGAGUGUUAACCGGCCAGUACCAAUCGCUGUCAAGUAUCUGUUUGACUUGUUGGAUGAGCUAGCAGCACGCCAUGGGGUCAAUGAGCCAGAGACGCUGCACAUCUGGAAAACCAACAGUCUGUUGCUGCGUUUCUGGGUGAACACGCUCAAGAACCCACAGUUCAUCUUUGAUGUCCGUGUCUCUGACAAUGUAGAUGCCAACCUGAGUGUCAUUGCUCAGACAUUCAUCGAUGCCUGCACAACUGCUGAGCACAAAGUUGGCAGGGAUUCACCAGUCAACAAACUGCUCUAUGCUAGAGAAAUCCCACACUAUAAACAGAUGGUAGAGAAGUAUUAUGCUGAUAUUCGACAGACGGUUCCUGCCAGUUAUCAAGAGAUGAAUUCAGCCCUGACCGAACUUUCAGGGAAAUACUCCUCUGACCUCAACUGCCUAGUGGCCCUGCAAGAACUUUACAACUAUAUUAACAAGUAUUAUGACAAGAUAAUCAGCGCCCUAGAAGAGGACCCAUUGGGCCAAAGGAUGCAACUAGCCUAUCGCUUGCAACAAAUUGCAGCUCUGGUAGAGAACAAAGUGACUGACUUGUGACAUUCUCAGACCUGCUGUCUGCCCAGAUUGGGCCUGAUUUAACGGUGCAAUCCUAAACAUGUGUAUUCAGAUGUAAACCUCACUGAAUUCUAUGAGGCUUACUCCUCAGUAACAGCGAUCUACAAUUUCAGCCUAUGGGAGCCAGGCUGAUCCGUCCUGAAAGUUCCCUGCUGUCCAGUUUUGUGUUUGUGCGGACAUAUCAACAUCCCUCCCAGUGCCUUAGCUGCACAGAUGCUGCCGAGCAGUCUUGCACUCUGUGUGCUCCUGUGCUCACUUGUGUGCGCUCUCUCUCUUUUUUAAAAAAACUAGUUGUAAAGGGACUGCUCCCAGUCUGACACACUGGCUUUGUAUAUAAAAGGGUGUAUUUAUUUCUGUCACUCUCUGAGGAGGGUGCCAGCUACUGUCUCCCGUCACUGGGGGAAUGGGUUUUGGGCAGCUUCCUGCUGACCACUACAGCGCUUGGGAUUUUGGGGAUUUAUCCCUUCCACCCCAAAAACCCUCGCUGGUAAUGCACUAAUAUCGGGGUGGAACUUUCCUUGGUACAAACAGACUCUAACUAGUCUCUAUUUUAACCUUCCCCAUCUAUGUCCCCCCUACUCAAUUUUAUGUAUAUAUAAAUAUGGGAGCUU